CCUCAUCAAUCGCGGUGGAUUCAAGAUGUAUCUCUUCCUUCUCGUGUUGUCAGGCAUCCCAUCGCUUGUCGCUUACUGGGUCUCGACUUCUAUGUAUGGCGCGCGCAAAAACCAGAAGGUUACGCUUCCUGAGAAGGAUAUCGAGGAGUACAGCAUAAGCACCUCCCUUUGGUCCAUACCGAUGAGAAAUAUUGGUAGAAAUUGCAUUUGAAAAGACG